AUUUGGGAUUGAUUGUGUAAUUAUUGGCUGUUGGAAUGAGAUUUGACCUCCUGCUCUGUUUGCUGUGUUAUGGUGACCUGGCGCUAAAACUCACUGCAGUUUGGUUAUCGACUUGGCAGCAUCUUUAAUUUGUUUAUCCUCUUGUUUUAACCUUUCCACUGUUCCCAUUGUGUCCAAUGAGCCUGGCUAGAUAUCUGAGAGUCAGAGAGAGGAGAGGGGCAAGCAGAGAGCAACAACUCGAACGGUCCCAGUGCUGAACAGCAGAUAUGAGGAUGAUUCAUGUGUGAGAGGCAGAGCCCGGUGCAGAGCAGGCAGCCGUGUGGACCAGUACUCAGACCCAGGAUCAGCUCAGCCUUCUCAGAGCUGGAGACCCUCUCCCCACAACGUCCCUCGCCUCCACCGCGUGCCCCCUUCAGUGACAUGUACCCCGAAGAGAGCCGGGGGUCUGGAGGGGCAGUCACAGUGGACUUCCUGGAAGGGACAUACGACUAUGCCGCCCCCACCCCUGCCCCGACUCCUCUUUACGGCCACUCCACUACUGGCUACUACUCUGCUCCUCUGGACGCCCAUGGACCACCCUCAGAUGGCAGCCUUCAGUCCCUCGGCAGUGAACCUACCAGUCCUCUUGUGUUUGUGCCCUCCAGCCCCCGUCUCAGCCCCUUCAUGCAGCCACCCAACCACCACUAUUUGGAAACCACCUCAACACCCAUCUACAGGUCCAGUGUCCCCUCCAGCCAGCAGUCAGUUUCCAGAGAGGACCAGUGCGGCACCAGUGACGAGUCAUACAGUGUGGGGGAGCUGGGGGCUGGAGCCGGGGGGUUUGAGAUGGCCAGAGAGACGCGUUUCUGUGCUGUAUGCAGUGACUAUGCCUCUGGAUACCACUAUGGGGUGUGGUCCUGUGAGGGCUGCAAGGCCUUCUUUAAGAGGAGCAUUCAGGGUCACAAUGACUAUAUGUGCCCGGCUACCAAUCAGUGUACUAUUGACAGGAAUCGGAGGAAGAGCUGCCAGGCUUGCCGUCUCAGGAAGUGUUAUGAAGUGGGCAUGAUGAAAGGCGGUGUGCGCAAGGACCGGGGGCGUGUUUUGCGACGUGACAAACGACGGACUGGCACCAGUGACAGAGACAAGGCCUCUAAGGAUCUGGAGCACAGGACAGCGCCCCCUCAGGAUGGGAGGAAACGCAGUAGCAGCAGCGCUUGUGGUGGAGGAAAAUCAUCGCUGACAGGCAUGCCUCCUGAUCAGGUGCUCCUCCUGCUCCAGGGUGCUGAGCCCCCAAUACUGUGCUCCCGUCAGAAGAUGAGCCGACCCUACAGUGAAGUCACCAUGAUGACCCUGCUCACCAGCAUGGCUGAUAAGGAACUGGUCCACAUGAUCGCCUGGGCCAAAAAGCUUCCAGGUUUCCUGCAGCUGGGCCUCCAUGACCAGGUUCAGCUGCUGGAGAGCUCCUGGCUGGAGGUGCUGAUGAUCGGGCUCAUCUGGAGGUCCAUCCACUGCCCAGGCAAACUCAUCUUUGCACAGGACCUCAUACUGGACAGGAGCGAAGGAGACUGUGUUGAAGGCAUGACUGAGAUCUUCGACAUGCUGCUGGCCACUGCCUCCCGCUUUCGCUUGCUCAAACUCAAACCCGAGGAGUUUGUCUGCCUUAAAGCUAUCAUCUUGCUCAACUCUGGUGCGUUCUCUUUCUGCACCGGCACCAUGGAGCCGCUCCACGACACUGCGGCAGUGCAGAACAUGUUGGACACCAUCACAGACGCUCUCAUACAUCACAUCAGCCAAUCGGGGUGCUCGGCUCAGCAGCAGUCGAGACGGCAGGCCCAGCUGCUCCUCCUGCUCUCCCACAUCAGGCACAUGAGCAACAAAGGUAUGGAGCAUCUCUACAGCAUGAAGUGCAAGAACAAAGUGCCGCUGUACGACCUGCUACUGGAGAUGCUGGACGCUCACCGUAUCCACCGCCCUGACAGAACGGGUCAGGCCUGGUCCCAGGCUGACGGAGAGUGUCCGUCCACCAACAAUAGUGGCAGCAGCGGCGGCUCCUCAGCUGGUUCCAGUUCAGGACUCCGAGUCAGUCACGACAGCUCGAGCAGAGCGCCCACAGUCCUGCAGUACGGGGGGUCCCGCUCUGACUGCACCCACAUCCUAUGAAGACGGAGUACCAUCUGAAGGUCAAGUCAUUUUUAUGAGUGAUGGGUGUCGCACAGGGUGUUGAAUGAAAUAUAAAGGUUGUAUUUGAAUUCAUUUCAUGAGAUAAUUAUUUAUAAAUUAAGUGAUUUUAUAGCUGUGACUGUUUAGGGAGAACUUUUUCCUUUGCACUACUUCAGUUCACUACAACAUGAACUUCAAUGCAGUUAAUCUUUCAUGCCGUCUUUCAUAGUAUCUGUUGGUCUCUACCAGCUUUACAGCUCAGCUCGUCAUUUACAAACAGCAGGUCGUAUUGUGGUGCUGUGUUAGCGCCGGUGAUUUGAAAUUAUCAGCAGCUAAUUUUUCUUUUUCAUCGUCUCGACCAAAGUGCACUUCGUCUUGGGUUUAAGGGGCUAUUGGGCAUUAUGUUGACUUUUACAUUUUAGGGAUAAUUACUUCCUAAACUAUAACAAAACUGGUUAAAAUUACUGUGUAAUUCAUUUUUGUUUAAAUUUCAGCUAAGACUAAACAUUAGGCAUUGUGUCUCAUGCACACAUUUUAAAUUUUUAUUUAAUUUUAUAAUACUUUUUUUUUAAUACUUUUUGAAGAACAGUAUUUCAGUGAUAAAAUUAUAAAAUGGACAGUGGCUGAGGAUAAAUCUGUUGAAAUUUUAAUAACAAAAAAUUGCACCACCAAAUCCUAGAGCACUGAAUUCAUGAUGAAAGAGGCCAAACUUUACUGUUGGGAAACUUCAGUCUGUCCACAGCUUUUUGUGUAAAGUAGGUUUGUUCAUUAUGUUUACUUGCACCAAAGUUAUCUUAAAUAUGCGUUUGUGCGUAUGUGAGGCAAAGAGACUGCAAGAGAGAGACCGAGGGAAAUCUGAGGCAAUGAGCUGCAAGGCUGAUUUUAUGCAUAGGUUUUUGUCUUGAUGCAGUUGUUCAACAUUUUAACCACUUCAAAGCUAAAACCGGGAAUUGUUCAUCCACUUAUUCAGAGAUAUCAUGUUAAGUUUGUCUGGAUUUACACACCUACCAAAAAACUAGUCGUCAUAAUGUAUGUGUGCGUAGGCAAUUGUUGUUAUCUCUGUUUAAAUAGACCGAAUUGAUCCGAUUGUGAAGACAAUCAUCAAGUAUUUCCGUAACUAACGCAAUUGAUAGGUUUAUUAAACAUCAGAAAAUUGGAGCCCAUAGUGACAUAUUCAGUGAAUAAAUAAAUAAAUAAAAUUCUGUCUAGCCAACAAUUUCAAUCCCAAAAGAAUUAAAUUUACUAUCACAAACCACACAGAAAAGCAGAAAAUCCUCGAGAUUUGUUCAGAGAAAAACUUGAAAGCUGCAACUAGGAAAUAUUUGGCAUUUUUGUAUGAAAAAUGACUAAUUGUUUUGAUUGUCCAUAUAGAUGUGAAUUGUUUUCCUAUCAACCGACUUAAUGAUUAAUUGACUCAUCGUUUCAGCUGUACUCGUAGUUCUCAAAAAAUACAGGGAAUGAAAAUGUAUGUUGUCAGGAUAGAAAUGAUAAAAAGAUGAAUUCAUGAAGAGAUCUUUGUUUUUCUCACACGCCUUCACAGUGAAUGGAGAAUAUCAAAGCAUCUGUUUACAAACUCUCACACAGCUAGCGCAGUAAAAUCCAAGUCUGUUAUCUUGUUGUAUGCUCAGUUCUUCCCAAACAUGCAGUUUUGCUAAAACGUCCCCUCUUAAAUAACGAACAGUCCCUAUCCCUUACCAUCAAAAGAGGCCGGCGCAGCGAUAUAACGCCUAGUUCAGUUAAAGUCCGAUCAAGGUGUUUACAUGACAGAAAAGCUCGACUUCAAAUCAAAUUAUUUGUGUGUUAGUCCGUAUUCGAGAAAAUCAAUUUACUACGAUUUCAGUCGGACUAACAUGUUUAUAUGUAUUUCAAAAGUCCGGUUUAGUCGGAAUAACACCAUAAUUCGACUUUUUCUCACAUCAGCUGGCAGUGUAAAAGGAGUUUUGGUUUUACUGCACGAACUGUGUGAGAGUUAACAGCUGUUUUGAUAUAGUUUUGCUGUUGUUGCUGUGAACCUUCAGGACUUAAAUUCAUGAAGAAUGUUUGCCUCUUUUGGAUUCUUCGGUUACCGUAGAGGUAUGCAAACCAAUUUUUUUCAUGAGUUCAACUUUGCGCAGUGAGUAAUUGAUAAACAAAUAGUUAUUUUGCAGGUGAAGUAUCCCUUUAAUUUGUCAAAUGUGAUGUCUGCCGCAGACAAGUGUAAAGCCUCCAUGCAGGAUUAAAAAAGAUACUGGAUUUGGCCACUUGAGCUGUUCAGUGUAAGUCCAGUCAAACCUGAGCUGACUGUCAUUUGUUGGUGUGUAUAAAAAUAAAAUGUUUUAUUGGGAAAA